AUAUAUCCCCGAUCAUUUUACAUAUUCAAGUAUUAAACUGUUGGAAGUGAACAUUUCUAAGGUAGACCUUGCCACCACUGCGUUGUAUUAUGGACUUUGUUAUCGAAUUUCAUUUGUUCCCAUUUAAAAUGUUGGCCCAUCCGUAAAAUAUUGGACAAAUAAUGUUGAUUCUGGCAGAUGUGGAGUUUGGGUAUUCACUGAUUUCUUUGCGCACCAAAUCGUGUGUUUUAUUGCGCUCGGUGUGUCUUGUGGGCCAGUUUAGCUAAGGAACGCGUUUGGCGUCAUUAGGCUUGUGACGUGUGACGACGUUUCUGAUUUGUAGCUGUGACGUCUUAAGUCUGUCUUUGGUAUAAGUGCCAUUCGUCUUCCAGUUGGUUUGAGAACAUUGUGGAAGAAGGGUGUGCUAUUUUAUUCCGUUUAUCUAUAGUUAUAACAAGCUGCGUUAUACAUGUCAUUGUGUUUGAUACACUGUAAAACCUGCUAGAGAGUUGUUAUCCGUGUUUGAUUCAUUGUACAGCCUGAUAGAGAGCUGCGUUAAACCUGUUUUUGAUGGACUGUACAGCCUGAUAUAGAAUUGCGUUACACGUGUGUUUGAUUCAUUGCACAGCCUGAUAGAGAUGCGUUACACAUGUAUUGGAUUCAUUAUACAGCUUGAUAGAGAGCAGCGUAAUAAAUGUGUUUGAUUCACUGUACAACUUUACACACACACACACACAUAUAUAUGUAUAUAUAUAUAUAUAUAUAUAUAUAUAUAUAUAUAAAGCUUUUAAUUAGGCGUGUAUUUGAUUGUGUUCUGUACGCUUAUAACAGCCACUAUAAUUUAUAAUCUUAAAAUGUACGCCUCUCUCGCAGGAUCAAUCUCUUCCAGCGUCAAGCGUAACUGAAAGCCUGCAUGAGAUAAUAGUCGUGCAUGAUGACGAAAACCAAGACAAUGAACAAGUAGGUGCCUGUGUCAGCAUCGCAGUUCUUUAGAAAGACUUUGAGAGCUGCUUCACUGACCGAUAAUUGGCAAUUUCCUAAAAAUCGCUAUUUAAAAGUAAAAUAAUUAAACUCAAAGGAAGAUUUCGUCUUUCAUAGAAAAGAACAUCUUCGUAUCCUGGAUUGUUUCGUUAUUUAUCAAUUAUUUAUGUUCGGACUUUUCUCAAAAUAAUUUUCUUUGUUAUUUUUCAUAUUGGACUUUCCACAUGGGACUUUGCAUAAGGUAGUCAUAAUGAAACUGGAUUAGGGGGUCAGUUAGGUUCCCUAAUUAAGUUUCUGGCUGACCUUUCAAAUAAGGGUUUUCAUUUUUAGGUUCAUUGUUUAAAAAAUACUUAAGUACGGUAACUAUUUUUGAACAAAAUGUGGUUUUGUUGUUCAUGUUUUUAACUAUAGCGUGCUACCGGUUUAAAUCUUACUAGAAUAUUAUGUUAGCCUUGAAUGGGAUUAUUUUUAACGAUAUUAUUAAAACGUUAAUCUAAGUAUUUAUGAGUAUUAGUAAUAUUACUUAUUUACUUUAAAAAGAAAGUACAGUCUAAAAUGUUUUUAUAUGUGAUUUCAAUGUUGGACAUCACAAUUUUACCACUCUCCAGCUAAUUUUACAAAGUAUUAACCCUUUCAGGCCCAAUCCCUUCCAAUGCCAAAUAGAACUGAAGCGCCUCCGGAGAUUCCGGAAGUUCAAAGUGCCCAGGACCAGGAGAAUGCAUGUCCACGCUGUAGCUCUGUGGUCACACUUGUGCGUGAAGCUGGUGGACCUUACGAGCCUGGGCGGUGUUUGGCCAUGUAUAGCUCUGUAGAGAACACUGUACUCAAUGUGGGCUAUUUGAGAACUCAGGAGCCCCAAUUCUGUGCCUAUGCCAACAAUUCAAACAAGUAAGUAAACAAAUGAGAUUCUCAGAAAAAGAAAAUAAGCAUGAUUACAAAAUAAGCAUGGCCCCAGUAACAAACACACACAAACACAGAUAUAUAUUGAUCUAGUUUAACAACAAUGUAAAUUAGGUCGUAAAAAACGCUAAACAAUACCAGUAGCAUAAUACAAUGUAAAUUUAGGGCUAGAAUUAUCAAUAUUUUACAGAUACAAGUAAGGAUAUUUAUACAUUGCCUCACUUUGUAAAAUCAUAUUCUGAAUUAAACUAAAUACGUAAGUCCGUAUAAGUUUGAGGUAUCCAUCAUUAACUGAUAGAAUAUUUUCACUUUUUUUUUAGGUCGAAUUUUCGUUUGGCUUGUAUGGUCUACGAAAAAUGGGUAGCUCAGUUUGUUAGAAAACCAAGUCAACUAGAGGUCCCUCAAUGCGUUCAAGGUCGUAUUGGAACAAUGUUUCCUUGUGGAAGGAGAAGGCGACAAAACAGGAGAAUGUAAAAUAACACCGAAAGUGAGGGGUCAGUUAAGGAGAGUAUGAACAACUUCGCCUCAUCCGAGACCUGUCAUUCCAUUGAACCAGACCUAAUGGUGUCCCAGAGGUUGACGUCCAAUCAUCACUUGUCCCUGUCUCAACUAACAAAGUAUUUGUAAAGAAAGAUCCCUCAAAGAUUAAAUGGUGUUAAAG